AUGGUGAACAUGAAAGCAUUAACAGAGGACUGGAAAAUCCUAUCCUUCCUUUUUGCAAUCCAGGCAAUCAACAAGAAUCCCAACAUUUUGUUCAAUGUCACUCUGGGAUACAACAUCUAUGACAAUUAUUUCACAGCACAAAUGACCUCGGAGGCUUUGCUGGACCUGCUUUCGGAGGGGGAGGCCAAUGUUCCCAACUACAGCUGUGGAAGGCAGAGAAACACCAUGGCUGUUCUCGAAGGGGCUGAUACUGACAUCUCCUUCCAGAUUUUAACCAUGUUGGGAACCUACAAAAUCCCACAGAUCAAUCACGGUUUUGAUUCCCAGGUUCUGAGUGAUGAAAAUCCUUUCUUCUACCCAAUGCUCCCUGCUGAAGGAUCACAGUAUCCAGGGAUGGUGAAGCUGGUCCUCCAUUUCAGGUGGACUUUGGUGGGUCUCCUUGCUCCAGACAAUGAGAAUGGACAAAGUUUCAUGAGGACGAUGACUUCCCUGCUGGUCAGGAAUGGCAUUUGCCCAGUUUUAUCACAAACCUUUUCCCCAGCUUCUUGGAAUGCGAACAUAGAUAGUGAUUUAUACUUUAGCUGGAGAAAGGUGAAGGUCUUUAUUUAUGGGGCAGACUUGACUUCAUUCCAUGCAGGCAUUUCAGUUUUGUUUCAGAUAUUUGAAAUGAUUACUGAACCUCCUAAAGGAAAAGUCCUGAUCUUCACAAUCCGCUGGGAUUUCACUAUUUAUUUGUCAAACAAACCCUUUCAUAUUCAAUACAUCCACAGCAUAUUUUCCUUUCCUAUGAAGAAAAAUCAAAUUUCAAAGUAUGGUUGGUUUUUGAAAUUUUACUCUCUUAUGAGGCACUUUGAAGAAACUUCCUUCCUGUGUUCAUACACCAACAAUACCCUUUCGGUGAAAGUCUGGAGACGGUGCAGGCAGAGAGAAGAUCUGGAAGCUCUCAAAGAAGAGGAGAUGGAUCCAAUCCUGACUGGGGACAACUAUUUCAUCUACAACACAAUCUGGGCUGUGGCACGGGCCUUAAAUGCAGCUUAUAUAUCCAGAUCCAGGAGAACGUUUAAAGAUGGUAAAAACCUGAAAACUCCUAUGCUGAAGGCAUGGCAGCUUCAGCCUUUCCUUCGAAGCUCUCAGUUUUAUAAUAAUUCCAUCCAUGGGGUCUAUUUGGAUGAGACUGGAGAGCUGGUAGCAGACCUGGACAUUGUGAACACGGUUCUUUCCCACAAUAUGUCUGUUAGCCAAGUGACAGUUGGAAGUCUAGAAAGAGUGGGAUCCUCGCAUUUCAAGUUCAUGAUGAACCAGAAUGCUAUUGCAAACAUGGAAAUGUUGAACAAGCCUCUGCCUCCUUCCAGGUGUGUGGAAAGCUGUCCUCCUGGAUUCAUGAAGGUGGCUCAGGAAGGGAAGCCCAUCUGCUGCUACAAUUGCCGCCCUUGUCCCGAAGGAAGCACCUCCACCAAGGAAGGCUUUGGCUUGGGGAUCUUCAUUAAAUUCAUGGAAAAACCAAUUGUCAAAGCCAACAACCGGGACCUCUCCUACAUCCUCCUGGUUUCACUCCUGCUUUCCAUCUUGACCUCCUUCCUCUUCAUUGGCCGGCCAAGGAAGAUGACCUGCCUCCUUCGACAAACAGCCUUCAGCAUCAUCUUCUCAAUUGCCAUUUCUUCUAUCUUGGCCAAAACGAUCACAGUGGUGUUAGCCUUCUUGGCCACCAAACCAGGGAAUAAAGUGCAGAGAUGGUUGGGGAAGAGCUUGGCCAACUCCAUUGUCCUUUCUUGUUCUGGUCUCCAAGCUGUCAUCUAUGCAGACAAAUGCACCAAAUGUCCAGAUGAUCAACAUCCAAACAUCAAUCGAGUUCACUGUAUUUCCAAGAUUAAAAGCUAUCUUUCUUAUAAGGAAAAUCUGGGGAUUAUCCUGACUUCCAUUGCCUUGUUCCUCUCUUUAACCACAGGCUUUGGCUUGGGGAUCUUCAUUAAAUUCAUGGAAAAACCAAUUGUCAAAGCCAACAACCGGGACCUCUCCUACAUCCUCCUGCUUUCCCUCCUGCUUUCCAUCUUGACCUCCUUCCUCUUCAUUGGCCGGCCAAGGAAGAUGACCUGCCUCCUUCGACAAACAGCCUUCAGCAUCAUCUUCUCAAUUGCCAUUUCUUCUAUCUUGGCCAAAACGAUCACAGUGGUGUUAGCCUUCUUGGCCACCAAACCAGGGAAUAAAGUGCAGAGAUGGUUGGGGAAGAGCUUGGCCAACUCCAUUGUCCUUUCUUGUUCUGGUCUCCAAGCUGUCAUCUGUAGCAUUUGGUUGGGAACUUUCCCCCCAUUCCCUGACUCUGACAUGCACUCCCAACCUAGAGAGAUCAUCCUUCAAUGCAAUGAAGGUUCUAUCAUCAUGUUUUAUGUUGCCCUCGGAUACAUGGGCUUCCUGUCUGCCGUCUGUUUUACAGUGGCUUUCCUGGCCAGGAAUCUCCCUGGGGCCUUCAACGAAGCCAAGCUGAUCUCCUUCAGCAUGCUGGUCUUCUGCAGUGUCUGGAUGUCCUUUGUGCCAGCUUACCUGAGCACCAAAGGGAAGUACACGGUGGCUGUUCAGAUCUUCUCUAGCUUGGCCUCCAGUGCUGGUCUGUUGGGCUGCAUCUUCUUCCCUAAAUGCUACAUUAUUAUUUUUAGGCCAGAUCUGAAUACAAAAGAACAUUUGAUGUCAAAAUAA